UAAAAGAAUUAGAAAUGCAAUAUUGUCAAAUAUUGAAGAAUAUAAUUAUGGGAACCCUCUAGAUUCAUAUAAUUUUGGAGAAGAUACAUUUGAAUAUAUAAAAUACCUCGAAACAUUGUAA